CCGCACGAAUUAGCCCAAAGAUUUUUCCUUUUCCUCCGGUUUCUUGGCGGCGAUGGAGGGAUCCACAGAAAUGGGGGCCAAGAACGGCGUCCAUUUUUAGGCCUCCGCUGCUCGCUCGCUCGCUGGGCUUGAAGCCUUGAAAGGAAGAAGGGGGAGAGGGAGGGAGCCAAUCCUGGCCAGCCACCCACUCGCCCCCGCCUCCAAGAAUCCGCGCUUGGUUGAGGCUGGAUUCGAUUUCCCGGGAGUCAAUUCGGUUCGGUUUCUUGGCUGCGGGAGCGAGAGAGAGGAUGCAGUGCGCGGGGCUGACCUCGCCGGCGCCGGCGGCGACGGCGGUGUGGAUGGGGCGGAGGCCAAGAACCGCCAGGUGGCUGCGGGGGAGCGCGCGCGCGCCGCGCCGGGUGGUGCUGGCGGCCGCGUCGUCCUCUUCCUCGUCCUCGUCGCCGUCACCCGACGCGAACUCGAACUCGCCGGGGAGCGGCGGCGAGGAGAGGGAGGUGGAGGACGCCGCGCGGAUGGAGAAGGCGGCGUCUUUCCUGAUGAGGAGCCAGAAGUACGCCAUGCUCAAGCAGCAGCUCGCCGUGGCCGCGCAGUUCGAGGAUUACAAGGAGGCGGCGAGGCUGAGGGACUCGCUCAAGUCAUUCGAGGAGGAAGAGCCAAUGCUUCGUCUCCGCCGAUUGCUCAAGAAGGCAGUCGAAGAGGAGAGGUUCGAGGAUGCUGCUAAGUACAGAGAUGAACUGAAGAUUUUGGCUCCACACUCUCUUCUAAAAUGUUCUAGUGAUGCUACUACUCUGGGGGUUAGAGUUCAAGUCAGGAGUGUUUAUAUUGAAAGCCGGAGCCAGCCUUUGAAGGGCCAGUUCUUCUUUGCCUACAGAAUCAGAAUCACAAAUAAUUCUCAACGCCCUGUUCAGCUUCUCAGAAGACAUUGGAUUGUUACUGAUGCAAAUGGAAGGACAGAGAAUAUUUGGGGUGUGGGCGUUGUGGGAGAGCAACCUGUCAUAUUUCCAAGGACUGGCUUUGAGUACUCAUCUGCAUGCCCAUUAAACACUCCAAAUGGGAGAAUGGAGGGUGAUUUUGAGAUGAAGCACAUUGACAAAGCUGGGUCCUCUACAUUCAAUGUUGCAAUUGCACCAUUCUCUCUGUCAAUCCUUGGAGAUGACAAUGAUGACGUUCUCCUCUAAAUGUGAUUGAGUAUGAGAAUGAGUUUGAAUAAGAUGGUGUUGCCAGUAAGCAGUAUCACAAUACAUGAACAUGAUUACAUGAGUAGUGGUGAGUAGUGAUGUGGCUAGAGUGCCCUCUUCUCCAGUGGAAACUUCUGCUAAUGCAAAUUUUGGUUAAGAUAGCUGUGAAUUGUGAAGGUACACACCUACACCAAAGCUCAAGAUCAGAGUACCAGACAGACAUAACAUGGUUCAGCGAAUGUUGAGAUAAUUUACACCCCCAAAAAGAAAAAAAGAAAGAAAAACUACACUACUGUAAAUUGAGGUAUAUGAGGGACUUGUGUAUCAUCUAACUUUUGAAUGUACAUUAUAGAACUAUAUAGAGCUUUUGAGUGUAAGCUGCAUGGAACUCUUGUAUUAUCUGGAAAAAUGCUUUUGUAAUGUUCUAGUUCCAUAAAUCUAUUGCACUGGGAUUUACUGGUCAAA